GGGAGGAGCGGGGUCCUAAGAGUUCGCUGCCAUUCACGUUUCAUCACUUGAGCGCUCGACUACCCCGGAUCGGUCCUAGGACGCAUUUUAGGCGCGUGGAUGCAUACUUGCUAUCACUGACUACCUUUUUUACUUGUAUCGCGUUUGCAGUGGUUUCCGAACGAGCAGGAGCCAAAGAGGUUAAAUAAGUGCGGUUUUCGCGAUGGGAGCACAGACCUCAGCGCAUCGGGACGGGAAGAGCCAAGAGGAUGCAUCAGCCGAGAAUCUGAGAUCAGCGGUGAACGCGAUUUCGGAGGGAGAUAGCGUCGUCGAAUCCAAGCUGCAGCAGAAGAAUGGACUGAUCUCCAUCUCCAGUCUGAAUGGGAAGGCAGAUGAACAGACAGAGCUCUAUGACCACUCAGAGGACAAUACCCUGGCAGAGGAAGUUGAUGGCGUGUCCGUGUCUCAGAAGGAGGUUGUUCCUGAGAUGAUGGACUCCCUCCAGGCUGCGGUGGCCUCUCAGGUGAACAGAGAGAAGGAGGAGAAUGAGUCUCCUGACGCCAACAACAUCACCGGGCCUGAAGAGAAGGAGGUUGAGGAGAAAUCGGGUGAGGCCAACGAGGUGGGUUUCAAGAAGAUCUUCAAUUUCAUCGGCUUCAAGUUCACUCUGAAGAAGGACAAGAAUGAGAAGACUGAUCCGGUGCAGAUGCUGAAGUUGAUGGACAAGGACGUGGAAGGAGGGACUAAGGGGUCUGAGGAAACUAAAGAGGAAGCCGCCACUGCAGAGGAGAGGAAGGCGGCUGAGCCAGAGACCGCCACUGUUGAGGCUGACGCUGUUGAGGCUGCAACUCCAGUGGAUGCCCCAUCUGAGACUGUGGAUGGAGAGGCUGCAGAGAAAGAGCCCUCGGACCCAGCUGCAGCUGCAACUACCCCACGUGGCCAGGAGGCCCCCGCGUCCCCCUUCAGAAGGUUCUUUACACAGGGAAUCUUCUCCAACCAGCGCAAGAAGGCAAGUAUCAAAAAGGCCAAAGAGGAGGAACCAAAAGAGAAAGCUGCUGAGGAGAAGAUAAAGGAGGGAGAGGAGAAAGCAGAGGCUGGGGUGGAGCGAGAGAAAGCAAAGGAAGAGGUGAAGGAGGUGGAGCCAGUGACACUAUCAGAAACUGAGACACCUGAAGCAUCUGCCGAAGAGAUCAACGAGGAGAUCCAAGCCGAAGUUGACAUGGAAAUCUCAGAAGCCGCUAUUACUGAUUAUGCCAAACAAGCAGAGGAGAAUGUUGAAGGAGCUGUGGAUUCAGACAAGGCCCCAGUUGAGGUCACCACCGAGGUUGAGCUUUUCUCAUCCCAGAAUAAGGUCAAGGCCCAGGGAAGCCCACUGAAAAAGCUCUUUACUGGGGCUGGCCUGAAGAAGCUCUCUACCAAGAAACAGAAGAAAGACAAGAAAGAUACGGAGACCAAGCUGACCGAGUCUGGGGAACAGGCACCUGAACAGCUCCAGCCCUCUACAGAGUCAGCAGAGGUCCAGAAACCUGACAGUGGGGCAUCAUCUCCAGAGGAGUCUGGUGAGCAUGCCAUCGGGGUGGAAGCUACCCAAGCUGAGGUCAGCCUAGAGGCUGAUGAGGAGGUAACCAGAUCAGACGAAGGCAAGAAGAAAGAAGGUAUCAUGCACUGGUCCUCCUUCAAGAAGCUGGUGACACCCAAGAAACGAGUCAAGAGGCCCUCUGAGAGCGAGGACGAGACAACUGUUGAGAAGGCCAUGUCGGCCACCCUGUUCUCCACUGAGAGCGCCGUGUUUGUGGAGAAAAAGAAAGAGGAGCCGGAACUCACUGAGGAGGAGCCAAAAACCGAAACCACAGAGGACCUGGAGGGCAGCACAGAGGACCCCAAAAAGAUGAAGAUGGACACCUCACUCUCCUGGGAGGCCCUGAUGUGUAUGGGCAACAAGAAGAGGACCAGGAAGACCUCUGAAGAUGAGGAGACCAAAAUCGAAGAGGAGGCACCACCAACUGGGGAAGAGCAGGUUAAGACAGCAGAGUCUCCUCUUGGCAGCUCCGGAGAGGCAGACAAGGAAAACACAGUGUCAUCCCCCGAACCAUCCACUAGCCCCGCCGCAGGAGACUCCACCUGGGAUACUCUCAAGCGUUUUGUCACCCAUAGAAAGAAGCCCAAAAACGAGGAGAAGACAGAUGAAUCUGGUGGCGAACAGGUAAUCUCAGACAGUGAAAUUCCCAAAGAAGAGUCCUCCUUCUCUCUGAGGAAACUCAUUCCCGGACGCAGAAAGAAGAAGCUGCUUUCCUCCAAUCUGGGGUUUGUUGAGGAAGAUUCCGACACACCAGCCGUGGUCCCUCUCUCAGAGUUCGACAACGAGCAUGCCGAGAGUAAAGAAGAGGCUGAAGCCGAAAUGACAGUGGAGACAGUGGAUUCUGAGGAAGCAGCACCAAUCACUCAGGUCCAAUUUUCCAUUGAAGAGAGAUCCCCCUCUUGGAUCUCAGCCACGGGGGUCAUGGAAAACCUCCAGGAGAUUCCACAUGAUCAGCUGAGUGACAUCCCAGAAGAGGGUGCCGCCACCCCCAAAUCUGCUGACACCACCAUCGCAGAGGACAUUGCAGAACAGACCUCAGAGGCAGUCUCAUGCCAAAAGCAGGAACCUGAGUUGUCUGUUGCCAAGGUGACUGAAAAUUCUGAUGCCGAGAACAUUUUAGAGCAGAUCCCAGAAGCAGUCAUUUGCCAGGAGCCUGAUCUGUCUGUUUCUGAGGUAACUGAAGAGAUGAUCCCAGCCACGUAUGGCAAAACCACCCCUCUGUCCAAUGAGCCUGAGACAGAGUCUUUGGAGGUCCAGCAGGAGGCUGUGGAGCUGCUCAGUGAUCUCCCAAGCCUGACUUCUGUGGAAAUCAUAGAGAUCCCACUGGAGGAGGCUGCUUCCGUCCCAGAACCCACUCCGCCGAUCGAGUUCGCCGAAACCAAAUCAAAUGUUGUCUUGAUGGUGCAUGAAGAAAUCGAGGGUUCCGCCAUCUGCACUGUCCUGGGCACCAAGGAGAUCGCCAAGGUGGCUGUGGAGAAGCUUGUAAUUCCCACCAUGGAAUGUCUAGCUGAGAUCAGCAAUGGUCUGUCUGCUGAAAUGCCGGUAGAAGAUAAGGCUGAUCCAACUGAGGCGGCUGACACUAAUGAAGACCCAGUGUUCCAGGCUCAAGUGGAGCAGGUCGAAAGCAUAUUCCUGGAGCCGCCACUAGAGAAAACUAUUGAAGACAUCCCAAAUCCUGAUAUAGCCACUGAGGGUAAAGAGCAUGAAGAUGAAAAGGUCGUCACGAUCAAUAAUAUCAAGAUGGAGGUUGAAAUUGUUGAGGCCCCUGCGGUGAAUGAGAACAUUGUGGACCCCAUUGUACCAACUGUCGAAGACUCCAUUGCUGCUAACAUUUUGGAUGGCUCUGAGGCACCUGUCAUUGAGGUCAAAAGUAAAGAAGAGAUGGCUGCCGUCGAAGAGGUCACUGCUGUAGAGGAGGUGAAUGAGCCUGCUGCCCGAGAAAUGGUCACUUCACUAACUGAUGCUAACCAGCCCACAGUCACUGAAGUGUGCGAGGCAGCCAUUGUUGCCCCUGCUGAAGAGUUUGCCAUUGUAAAGCAGACCACGUACCUCGUCUGCCCACUGUCUGAGUCCUUGGAAACCCAGCAAGUGGAGGUCACAGAGGCCAUGGCAGUGGAAAAGGUCUCAGUGGCAGUUGCAGAGCCCGCUGGCGAUGACCAAAUUCAAGUGCAGGUGACUGAGGUUGGCGUUACAGAGGCUGAAGAGACAAAGGAGGCAGAGGCCAUGGAGGAGACGGGCUUGGUCGUCGCUCAGGUGGUCAUCCAGAGUGCUGUGGAGAAAGUGUCUGAAGCAGAGUUUGAACCCAAAGCGCCUGCCACUGCUACCAUCACAACUGAAGAUGCACCACCAGUCCAGGUGGUAGCAACGAUAGAGAAAGAGAUUGAACUAGUAGCAGAGGAGAAACCUGUCAUUGCUGAAACUCCUGUAGUCCAAGUUGAGGCACCAGCACCAGAAACCCCAGCAGAGGUGUCUGCUACUCCAGAGGCACCAGCCGAGGCUGAAAAAGCACCAAAGGAAGUCCACGAGGCUGUCCAGAUCAUUGACACCGUUCCAGUCUCAGUUGAAAUCACAAAGAGUCUCAUGGAAGAGGUUACCAAGGAGGUGGAGGAUGUUCUCAAAGAGGAAGUAGAGGAAAUAAAACAGGAAGUGGAAUUAAAGCAAGCAAUGGAGGUCAAUGUAAGUGUGGAGAAAGUUGUAGAGGUUGAAGUUGUAACCGAGGUGGACCAGACAGAGAGUGAGACAGAUGGAAAGGCAAAGGAGGAGAUCAAAGAGGUAGAGGGCAACAUUGACGCAUUAGAGGUUCAGGAAGUUCCACAAUCUGAGGGAGAGGAAGUAGUUAAUGAAUUCCAACUCGAGGUUCAACAAGCUGAGGUAAAAGCGGUGGUUCAGGAAGUGAUAGCAGAGGUUCCCACACCAGAGACAGCUGAAGAGAAGUCAGAAGCAACGGUUGUGACAGAAGAGACCCCAGUCCCAGAUGCCCCCACAGAGACUGCUGAAGCCCCAGCCCAGCCAGAGGAGACAACUACAGAGGUUGUAGUCCCACAGACCACACAGGUGGUCAUACAGGCAACAGAGAUCAUUGAAGAGGCAGCGGAGGAAAUCAUGGUGGAGGUGGUAGAAAAAGAUGCCAUUGUAAGCUCACCAGAGACAAAGGAAGCCCCGGCCAAUGAAGACACAACAGACCCUGAACAAACGGCAGACACCCCCGCCCCUGUUCCAACUGUCGCCGAUGUUGUCGAAACAAACAUGAAAGACGACAGUGCCGCAGUUCAGGAACAGACAUCGGACGGCCCCCAGACAGCACUGGAAGAGCAUCAAACGGAUGUUUCAACAGAGGCUGUGGCUGCCAUUCAAGACGCCCCAGUUAACAGCAUGGAAGAGGAGGUUGCUGUUGCCAUGGCUGUGACAGUUGCCAGCUCAGCGGAGCCAGCGGCAGAGAAGGCGACGUCGGUGAAGUGUGCGGAGGUGAUGGUGCAGGUGAUUGAGGAUGUGGUGAAGGAGAUCAAACCUGUCUCCUAAGAGCUCACAGUAGCAUCCUGAGCAGCUAUAGAUGCAAGAUGGUUGACUGGGAGACCGACUGUCCUGACCAGGAAGUGAGUGAUAGUGAAAAGGGGAGCGAGAGAAUGCUCUAUGGAGAAACACACAGACUCAGCUCCAACCCACCCUGCCCAGAGUGACUGAGCGACAACUUCCCCCCUCGAUUUCCCCCCUGCCCCCUUCACCCCCUCUCCUGCAGCACCAGCCCCUUCACACAGAGGUGAUCCCCCCCACCCCUGGAGUGAAGCAUCAAUCCCCCUAAACACACACCAAGCCACUGUCCUAGUCCCACACAUCUGAAGCUUCCCACCUGGCUGGUAAUCAAUGUGAUGUACGCUUGCUGUCUUGGUGAGCUUCCAUCGCCCUUGCUGCAACUCGGGAGUCUGCUGUCCCAUGGAGAGUGUGUGUGUGUGUGUGUGUGUGUGUGUGUGUGUGUGUGUGUGUGUGUGUGUGUGUGUGUGUGUGUGUGUGUGUGUGUGUGUGUGUGUGUGUGUGUGUGUGUGUGUGUGUAAAAGUUAAAAGUGAGUUCGAGAAAGUGUGUGUGUGGUCUUAUUAUCUUGUAUAUUGUAAUUAUAUUUUGUGAGUAUUUUCUCAUUCUCCCCAUCCUUUAUCUUUUCUAUUUCUGAUUGUAUAGAAUAUGUGCCCCAUUUUCUCAUACAUAUGUAAGACAAUGUCUGGAUUUUGCAGAAAUUCUACCUUAACCAUGGUACAGAUGUGAUUUCAAUGGCAGGUUCCGGUAUCAUUGAUUACAGAGGAUGAAAGCCAAUAGAAGUGCAACAAUCUUAAACUUUAACCUUUGACAUUGUACUUACCUUCACCUUUCAGCCUGACAAUAUAUUUUCUGCUCCUACUGUAGAUAAAACAUUCUUCACUGGCAGACUGACUGUGAAAAAAGUAUUGUUACUUUCUGAAAUAUAUAGUAUGUCUCUGAUUAUCAUGUAGAAAUAAAAUAAAGCACUAUAAUACACUA